GGGGGGGGGGGGCACCCGUCUGGCUCCUCUGAGCAAACAGGAGCAGGAGGAAACGGCCGGAGCCACUUGACCGUGUCCAGGCAGUGGCGGGCACAGACUCCCGUUUGGCGGCCGGAGUGGGUGUGUCCCGGUUUAACCAUUAAGCUCCGGACGGUUAAGUCCCCCCCCCUGCUGACCUCCUCAAGUCACUGAACACUUUUGGAGUUUCACCUGAGCCCUUCCAGUUUGUUUGCUGCUCAUCGUCUGGGGAAAUGUGGGAAAGGAUCGUCCUCCUCUUGUGUCUGCCUUCUGCUGUGGUAGCGCAGCUCUGUGCCCCAAAUGCUCCCAAUGCCAACAAAGUCCGACUCAGCAUCAAAACGGCUCUUGGAAGUCAAGCUUAUGACUGGAAUGACGACGAAAUGUUCCUUUUCCAAGCGACUCUGGCUUUUGCCAUGAGGAACCACAUCCAGGGACAGGAGUUCAACGUGUCGAACGUCAUCGUGUGUAAUGAGACUCAGAGAGUGUCCUUUUGGUUUGUGGUGACGUCGCCGCUGGACCCCACGCGCCUUAUUGGCAAAAGAGACGUGGAGCAGGCUGUGAGAAAGUCCAGGCACCGCCUGAACAGCGCCUUCCUGCUCUCCGACGCCACUCUGGAGUUCGUGGGCGUCCCCCCCACGCUGGAGGGGCCGGCCCAGCCCGACACCCCGCCGUGGCUCAUCGUGUUCGGCGUGGUCAUCGGCCUGGUCAGCGCCGGCAUCGUGGCCCUGCUGGCGUCCUCGGUGGCGGAGAGGAGGCGCAAGAAGAACAAGGUGACAGAGGAGGAAGACGAGGAAGAAGAGGCAGACGCACGGGGGAAAACGCUGGAAAACGGCUCCGCCACGGAGGGUGUUUAUAACGUGACAUUCUCAGAUGAGGAACGGUUCACACAGAUGUAAAAAAAAACAAAUUAUUUCUCUUAUGAAGCUGCUUUGUUUGGAAUUCGUUGCACUGAUUGAUAUAUUGGAAUGUGCAAAGUCAUGAUUUUUUCCUUUGAGGAACGUCUUUUUUAACGUUAAUACUGAGAGAUGAUGAACUUUAGCUCCCCGUGUAUCAGGAUGAGUGUCCCUCAUCAUUAUAUCACCAGCGUGCCCUCUCUGUGAGGAAUCUUGUGAAUCUCCAGUAAUCAUUAGCAAGAAACCGAGAAAAACACAAACUUGCUGUGGAGCGGCUAUUUUUCUAGAGGCAUUAAUCUGUCAGGAACUGCCGAGUCAGCGCUGUAAAGUUUUAAGAUGAUGGGAGACAUAAAGUCCAGCUGUGGUCAGUAUAAAAUUGAUGGUAGGCGGACACUACAGCGCCCCCUGUGGGCCGUUUGGGAGUAAAGCACCAGAGUUUUCUCCUGUUUUCGGCCAUUUUUGCCCACGGAUGUAAACAAACACGCCUACUCCUGAGAAGCCACCUCUGAAUGAACACACAAUGGAAGUUCAUUUUUAAGAAAAAGGUAUGCCUCAAUUAAUCAUCAUUCAGGUUUAUUUGAACCGUUUGAAAAUCGUAAGUGACACUGACAGUCAGUUGAAAGAAUGAGGUAAAUGGAUGAAUCACAGUCAUCAGUAAAGGUCCAAAUCAGAUGGAAAUCUGGUAACAAUUUUUGAUUUUUCACCUCCAUCUGAACACGGCGCCGCAAAGUCCACAGUUAUCCAGAGAAGACAUUAGAGCUUAUUCGGAGUUUCAGGGUCAAAGGUUGUCCACAGUGGCUCAUCUCAGGAAUCUGCUGCUCUUCCUCUGCCAAGGAGGGAAUCCAGCAUCAAACACCACAAAAACAAAUGGAAGAAAAAAUUGGACCACUACAAAAAAACAAACAAACUUCAGUCUCACAAACCGACACUGUGAUAAAAUAAGCCAGCAGUCUUUUAAAAACUUUCAAGCAUCUCCCAUGUGACUCAUGUCAAAGGCCCAACACAGAAGCCGAGUUUUCUCCACGUCUGAAUGAAUUUAUCAAAUUGAAACUUAAAAAAAAAUCACACAUUCACACCACGUGGAGUAUGUUAGCUAAAUAAAAUUCAACAGUGUAGAGUCUGAACUAAAAACCACAUUGCGGAGGCCGACCGAACCCUUGUGACUGGGAGUCUUAUUCAUCUGGAGUAUAUCACAAGAAAAAAAAAAAAGAACAAAAAGCCGGCUAAGUGUGUCAGGGCUGUCCUUUGAUUCUGCUGGAGCCGCUGCUCUCGGCUCUUCCGUUUUUUUUUUGUUUUAAACCCCCACAGAGCUGUGGUGGAUGCAUUCCACAUGUGCAGCUUUAGGUGGCACCAUUGUUCUGCUGCUUUUUCCUGGGGAAAGAAAAAAAAAACUGACUGACUGUUUUUUCUCUCUCCUGGAAACAUGAGUUUGGAAUGCAUGCAUUUCCAGCCAUUUUUUUAAAUGUGAUGUAAAUUCGUGAUUGGUUUAAAAUAAAGAAAGAAGACGGCUCCACAUUGGAUUUGACAUCUGCAGCCAUCUCUUGGUAAACAUUCCCACAGCUUGCGGUCAGAAGUAAGCUGCAGUUAUUGCUCCUCUUUUCUC